CUGCCAGAUGUCUCCACUAAAACACAUUUUAGACUCCAUUUUGACUUUCAAUGUAUUGACGUUUUGUAAACAUUUGUUGAUUUGAUUUAACAAUAUUUCAGACAAACAGUUGAUAUGAUUUGUUUGACCACAAAGUCAUUGAUGUAAUCAUUGAUAAGAUCUUUGGACACGACUAUUGCAGACACAAUGGCAUCACAACCGGCGCGAACUCACGAGGAAAUUGAAGAACAGAUCCGCGAAAUUCAGGCGAAGAAGGUGUCACUGAAUGUGGAAAAUGGCGCAGAAAUGGAGGGAAGAAUUUCGAUGUCACUGACGAAGGCGGCCAUGGAUUCAGACAUCUAUGGAGACAAUCAUAACAAAUAUGCCGAUUAUAACACAUCCAUUGCCGCCAAUGAUGACAAUGAUUAUGAGGACGACGAAUACGAGACAACAAACGGAUCCCUUUUGGCUAAGAAGUCCAUUACAGCUCCCAAAGUGUUUCUCUCGGAAAUGGUUGAAAAGGAUUUCGACCCAAUGGCCGAAAACCGAGUGCCUCGAGUGGCCGAUCGCGAGGAUGAGUAUCGAAGCAGAUAUCGACAGAGAAAACUGUCGCCGGAAAGGGUUGACCUCUUUGCUGACGGCGGUAAAACACCAGAUGCUAGAGCUCGUACUUAUCAAACAAUUAUCAAAGAGGCUGCCAUUACUAAUGAAGAGGCUGAAUUACGCAAAAAAUUGAUAGAAAAAUCAAAAUCCGGUGAACUAAAAGGUGCAACAAAUGCAGACACAACCAAAAAGAGAAGACGUUGGGAUCAGCCACAGGCUGAAGAGUCGGGUGAAGAACAACCGCCCAAAAAAAAAUCUACAUGGGAAUAUGCAGAAGCAGCCACACCGGCAGCUCCGGGACUGUGGGAACAAACACCCGGUCGAAUAUUGGAUGGUUCGAAAACUCCCGGCCAAGAGAUGUGGGAACCGACACCAAUGCAUCAAUCAGCUACUCCUAUGACUCCUGGACACGAAACUCCUGGUGUUAAAUCAAGUGUUCGUCGAAAUCGUUGGGAUGAAACACCAAAGACUGAACGUGGAGAAACUCCCGGUCAUAUUUCGGGUUGGGCUGAAACUCCGCGUGCCGAUAGAGGGGCUGAUAUACAAGAAACCACUCCGAGUGCUUCUAAACGUAGAUCUCGAUGGGAUGAGACACCUGCAGCCGGUGGCGGAAUGACUCCGGCAACACCAUCAAUGAUGACACCAUCUAUGACUCCUAUAACUCCUAGUGGCGCCACACCAAUGGGUGCUAAAGCAAUGGCAAUGGCAACUCCAACUCCGGGCCAUUUAGUUCCGAUGACACCCGAGCAGAUGCAGGCUUUCAGAUGGGAAAAGGAGAUCGACGAACGUAACCGUCCGAUGACUGAUGACGAACUCGAUUCGCUUUUUCCUCCCGGAUAUAAAAUUCUUGCGCCACCCGCUGGUUAUAUGCCUAUUAGAACACCCGCUCGAAAAUUGACAGCAACACCAACACCAAUGUCUGGCAUUGGAGGCGCCGGCGGCUUCUUUAUGCAGAAAGAAGAACAAUCGUCAAAAAUGAUGGAUAUGGAGCCUAAAGGGCAAAAUUUACCACCACUUAAACCCGAAGACAUUCAAUAUUUUGACAAAUUAUUGACAGAUGUGGACGAAGAGUCAUUGAGUCCGGACGAACAAAAGGAACGCAAAAUAAUGAAACUAUUGUUGAAAAUAAAAAACGGAACGCCACCGAUGAGGAAGUCUGCUUUAAGACAAAUCACAGAUAAGGCACGAGAGUUUGGUGCCGGACCUCUAUUUAACCAAAUAUUGCCACUUCUUAUGUCCCCAACUCUUGAAGAUCAAGAAAGACAUUUAUUGGUGAAAGUUAUUGAUAGGAUUCUCUAUAAAUUGGAUGAUUUGGUUCGUCCUUAUGUUCAUAAAAUUCUUGUUGUUAUCGAACCUUUACUUAUCGAUGAAGACUAUUACGCUCGAGUAGAGGGCCGAGAAAUUAUAUCAAAUUUGGCCAAAGCCGCCGGUUUAGCCACAAUGAUCUCAACUAUGCGACCGGAUAUCGACAAUAUUGAUGAGUAUGUGAGAAAUACAACGGCUCGUGCCUUCGCAGUGGUUGCUUCAGCGCUCGGCAUUCCUUCACUUUUGCCAUUUUUGAAAGCUGUUUGUAAAAGCAAGAAGUCAUGGCAGGCCAGACAUACAGGCAUUAAGAUUGUCCAACAAAUUGCUAUACUUAUGGGUUGUGCUAUUUUACCACAUCUAAGAAGUUUAGUUGAGAUUAUUGAACACGGAUUAGUCGAUGAACAACAAAAAGUACGAACCAUUACAGCCCUUGCUUUGGCCGCUUUAGCAGAAGCUGCCACUCCUUACGGUAUCGAAUCAUUUGAUUCAGUUCUCAAACCGUUAUGGAAAGGUAUUCGAACCCAUAGAGGCAAAGGUUUGGCUGCUUUUCUCAAAGCUAUCGGUUAUUUGAUACCUUUGAUGGACGCCGAGUACGCUAACUAUUAUACACGAGAAGUGAUGCUUAUAUUGAUUCGUGAGUUUCAAUCGCCUGAUGAAGAGAUGAAAAAAAUUGUGCUUAAAGUAGUCAAACAGUGUUGUGGUACCGAUGGUGUUGAAGCACAGUAUAUUAAAGAUGAAGUAUUGCCACAUUUCUUCAGACAUUUUUGGAAUCAUCGGAUGGCACUCGACCGCAGAAAUUAUAGACAAUUAGUUGACACAACCGUUGAGAUCGCCAACAAAGUAGAGGCCGCAGAGAUUAUACACCGAAUUGUUGAUGACCUCAAAGAUGAAAACGAAGCUUAUCGUAAAAUGGUUAUGGAGACCAUCGAGAAGAUAAUGGCUAAUUUAGGCGCUGCGCAAAUUGAUUCACGACUUGAAGAACAACUUAUCGAUGGAAUUCUUUACGCAUUUCAAGAACAGACAACUGAGGACUUAGUUAUGUUGAAUGGAUUCGGAACUAUUGUCAAUGCGUUAGGAAAAAGAGUUAAACCAUAUUUACCUCAAAUCUGCGGUACUAUUCUUUGGCGUUUAAACAAUAAGUCGGCCAAAGUUAGACAACAGGCUGCAGAUCUUAUAUCACGAAUUGCAAUCGUGAUGAAGACGUGUCAGGAAGAAAAAUUGAUGGGACAUUUAGGUGUUGUUCUCUAUGAAUACUUGGGUGAAGAAUAUCCAGAAGUAUUGGGAUCUAUUUUAGGGGCACUAAAAGCUAUCGUUAAUGUGAUUGGUAUGCAUAAGAUGACGCCUCCCAUAAAAGACUUAUUGCCUCGUUUGACACCAAUUCUUAAGAAUCGACACGAAAAAGUACAAGAAAAUUGUAUUGAUUUAGUCGGUAGAAUUGCCGAUCGCGGCGCUGAAUAUGUGUCCGCUCGGGAAUGGAUGAGAAUAUGUUUUGAAUUAUUAGAACUAUUGAAAGCACACAAAAAGGCUAUCAGAAGAGCCACAGUCAAUACAUUUGGUUAUAUUGCUAAAGCCAUUGGUCCUCACGAUGUUUUGGCCACUUUGUUAAACAAUCUUCGAGUACAAGAGCGACAAAACCGUGUUUGUACUACAGUUGCCAUCGCUAUCGUUGCUGAAACCUGUUCGCCAUUUACUGUAUUACCAGCUCUUAUGAAUGAAUAUCGAGUACCAGAACUUAAUGUCCAAAAUGGAGUUCUCAAAUCUUUGGCUUUUCUUUUUGAAUAUAUCGGCGAAAUGGGCAAAGACUAUAUUUAUGCCAUUACUCCACUUCUUGAAGAUGCACUUAUGGACAGAGAUCUAGUUCACAGACAGACUGCUUGCGCCGCUAUUCAACAUAUGGCUCUUGGAGUCUAUGGCUUUGGAUGUGAAGAUGCGUUGACACAUAUUUUGAAUUAUGUUUGGCCUAAUAUUUUCGAGACGUCACCACAUUUGGUUCAAGCGUUUAUGGGAGCCAUUGAGGGACUGAAAAUGUCAUUGGGUCCAAUCAAAAUGUUACAAUACACCAUUCAGGGUCUCUUCCAUCCGGCCCGUAAAGUCAGAGAUGUCUAUUGGAAAGUCUAUAACACAUUAUAUAUCGGAGGACAGGACGCACUUGUGGCCGGGUAUUCACGGGUUCACAACGAUUCAAAAAAUAAUUACAUUCGUUAUGAACUCGAUUACACGCUUUAAAUAAAUAUUUAUUUUGCACAAACAUUUACUAAUAAAUAAUUAUCAUUUGUUUUAAUUGCAAAAAUUUGUUUUAAUUGUAUGAUUGUAUCAUUUAUUGAAUUGCUUUAACUUGUCAUCAAAAG